AUGGCAGCACCAAAUACAUUAGCAACAUCUGCCUCCACCACCAAGCUGCCCUCGAUCCAAUCCAUGUUGGAAGGCAUCUCAUUGAAUGACGAGCGUCAACAGGCUGCUGCUGAUACAAGAUCUUUGAGUCACCGUAGGCAUUUAUCUGAACAUAGUGCAUUCACAUUGGUACAAAAGAACAAAGCACCUCCACUUGAACCCAAAAUUGAGCAUAUACCCAACUUGACAAAAGUACCAACAACUAGUACAAUAUCAGCAUCUCCUCCUGAUAGUACUUUGUCAUCGACUUACUAUUCUCGAAUCGCUCAUCUUCAGCAUUCUCAUCCACAUCACCUUCACCGUCAUCCUCAUCACCAUCAUCCUCAGCAACAUUCCCCUCGUAAUCUUCAUUCCCGUUCCUUUUCAGAUUAUACCCACCCUUAUCCUACCUGCUCGCCUCCUCGUACAACAGGCGCUCAUUUGGCUCCAUUGCAACAUCGCCGUGCUGUAUCUACAAAUACAUUGGAUCUUAUCCUCCAGCCAUUAAUGCAAAGACCCCUUGAUAUCGCUCCUCCAUUGAUGUAUUCAUCUUCAUCUACAUCGUCCAUCACAACAAACAGUGUACCCGACGAUAAUUAUGAAGACUAUCAUUCAGAUGAAACAACUCAUAGUGAGCGGUCUGUGUCUCCCACUCCUGCCACUACUGCUACUACAAAAUCAAGUACCACUGGCGGCAAGACUGAAAACAAGUAUAGCUGUCCCUAUUGUAGCAAAGGAUUCUCUCGUCCAUCUUCGCUCAGAAUUCAUACCUACUCUCAUACAGGAGAAAGGCCAUUUGAGUGUCCUGAAGCAGGUUGUUCUCGUAAAUUCAGCGUUCAAAGUAACAUGAGGCGCCAUUUAAGGGUCCAUCGUUUAGGCAGACCAUUGAAGCGUAAUGGUGGGCUCAUCUCUCCGGCAGACCGAGCACAUCUUAUUAACAAACCUCUGGCUGCCAAGCCAACAGCCUCUACAUCUUCAAAUUGGAUUGGUGUUACAGUGUACCCUUCUUAG